AUGACCUGUCCUUGUGAAAACAUCCACGGAGCACAUCCGGCCUGAGCUCUUAUUUUGGAAUGCGCAGGCUACCGGAAGCGGCCCGGCAGGAAACAAGUAGUUGGACGUCGAGUGACUGACAGCUGCCGUUCGCAGACGAAACACGCACGCGCGAGGACGCCAGCAGGUCAAAGGUCAGAAGCCAAGGGCAUGGCUUUGAUCUCCUUAGAAGACCUGGAGGGGUUGGACGAGGAGCAGCAGGACGAUGACAUCACUGACAACCCAGAGCCAAUGGGUGAAGAGGACUCGGAAAGACUGCUGAGUCACUGGAGGGCGGUGGCCAGCACGCACCAGGUGUCCGUUCCUACAGAAUUGACAGGACCCAUACAGGAAAUGACACGCAACAGCCAGCAGAGGGAGCCCGCCCCCUUCAUGGCCAUUUCCUGCCAGGAGAAGAUCGGCGAGGUGAUGUACGAGGAGAGGGUGUACCCCGCAGGAAAGUGGGCGUGUGUGACGCAGGGGGAGGAGCUGUACGAGCAGAGCAUCUCCAUGAGCUUCAUGAAACUCAUGCGCUUCAUCUGCAAGGAGAACUCAGCAGGCCGCCAUCUUGGAAUGACGGUGCCGGUGGUCAGCACGGUCCACGUGACGGACGACGGCAAGACUCUUGACAAGAGCGUCCUGACCGGGUUCUACCUGCCCGCCGCCUUCCAGAACCAGCCUCCUCAACCCUCUGACCCGGACGUGGGCGUGGUGCAGCGGGAGGCCUUCAGAGUGGUGUCCAGAACCUUCUUUGGGACCACCACGGAGGAGACGGUGACUCUUCAGAUCAGACUUCUGAGGGAGCUGCUGGGCACGUCCGAAGACCACAGGUCCGACUACUACAUGGUGGCCGUGUACGAGAACCCGGGCGUGACCGGACGCCACAACGAGAUCUGGUUCAUCAGACGAAACCUGUAGGCGCGUUGUGUUCAGGAGCGUCUGUUAACUUGAAGUUUGUCCAAUAGUAUUCAUGUUUGUUGACACAUUUCCUCCAUUGUUGUUUUUUAUUGCCACCUUUCAAAUAAAAACAUUCCAACACAA